AUGGACGCCUCCAACCGCGUCUCCUUCAUCGGUAUCGUGGACUUUACGGAGAACGCCCGCUGGGUGUUCGCCACCGCGUCCUGCUACGACCUCCUCGGCUACGAACCUCACGAACUCAUCGGCAUGCCCUCGCUCGACCUCGUCCACCCGGACGAGUUCGCGCAGGUCAAGAAACUGCACUACGACACGAUCCGGCAGGACAAGGCCGCCGUCCUCGCCUACUUACGAAUGAAACACAAGGACCCGUACAAAGGCUACAUCCUCUGCGCUAUCUCCCGCACCGUCGUGCACAACAUCCUCGUCGGCAGCGUGUCCUUCGCCACGCCGGGCCCCAAGGCGAUGCACAACGCCUCGACCGCGCAGGAGGUCACCAUCAUCACACCGAAUGCCACGAACUUCCAGUUCCGCCGCUGGAACGACCCCUCGCCCAUGCCGCCGAGCCCCAUCCCCGACACCGCGCCCCCGCCGCCUGAAGACUCGGACAGCGAAGGCGAAGACUCGGGCACCGAGUCCGACGCCACCGAGCGGGACCGCGAGCACGACCGCGAGCGCAACGGCGCGCGGCGCCGGCACAGUGGCAGCGACGACGAGCGCACCGGCAACGGUAACGGCGCCGUCGCGCGGCGUCCCUCGAACAGCACGCCCGUCAUCUCCUUCGCGCCGCUCCCGAAGCAGUCGAUGCGCGUCGCGCUCAUCCUCGACCGCUUCAGCAUGUCCUGCCCCAUCAUCUACAUCUCCAACGACUCCCUCAUCAGCACCACGCACGCGAUGGGCCGCUCGUUCUUCGACUUUGUCGCGAAGAAGGACGAGGAGCUCGUCCGCAGCUGGAUCGACGUCAUCAAGAGCUGGGGCGUCAACGAGCGCGGGCAGCCGAGCGACGGCGGGUUCGGCUUCGGCAAGUUCAAGUGCUGCACCCAGGGCCGGGACUCGAGCAUUCGCUCUCCAGAACCCGCCGCAUCGAGACACCGGCAGGGCACGCGCGACCGUGACCGCCUCCACCUCGCCUCCCCGCUCUCCGGGCGCUCCGCCGCCGCCUCCAACCCCACCGCGCCGGCCAGGCAGCGCGCGCGCACCCGCGGCGGCUCCGACCCCGACGGCGAGACCGUCGUCGUCGACUCGAUCUUCUCCGCGCACUCGGACGGGCUCAUGGUCAUCCUCCGCCGCGCGACGUAA